CAGGAGCGUGCUUCGUCGGACCUGGGGCAUAAGAGCAUGUUGCCAACGAGUUGCUACGACUUCCCGCUGCUCAAAGACGAAGCCACAACGAUCGCGCAGGAUGCCGUGCUGAGCUCGUUGGAUGGUAAAGCAUAUGAUCAAGCGAAGGUGAACGACUGGAUCAAUGUCAUUACGAUGUCGUGUCUGGACGACCUGAAGAAGCUAUGCCAGAAUUUCAAGUACAUCGUCACGUGCACGAUAAAGCAAAAGCGAGGGGGGGGCUUGGACGUCGAGAGUGUUUGUUACUGGGACGACAAGUCGGACGGAGCGUGCUUUUUCACGUGGGACAACAGCUCGAUGCAGGCGGCCAUUGUGAUUUACGGCCUCGCCAUCUAGUUCAAUCCGUGCCAUGUGAGGCAUUCCCCGUUGUCGUCGACAAGCAUCUGGUCGAUGGCCUACUCGACACUCCAUUCACCUGCCGGGCUCUGUACUGGGUGCUUGUACCCUGACUCUCCUUCUCGACACACUCCUUUUGCAAUACAUUGAAGUAGGCACGAUCGUCAUAUGGUGCUAUACGGUUGUACUGUGGCG